UUGGAGAUGAAUUUCAAAGACGUAAAUGAGAUGGACACAGACGAGCGGGUUGUGUGUUGUGCUCGUGUGUACCUGCUAUAUGUCAUUGGGUGCACCCUUUUUUGUGACAAGUCAGGUGGGUUCGUACAGCUUGACCUCCUUCCACUAUUGGAGGACUUAGAUCAGGUUCAUACGUACGGUUGGGGCUCUAGUUGCUUGGCAUAUUUGUACAGAAAUCUUGGUUAUGCGAGUAGGAGGAAUGCAAAGCAGAUUGGUGGAUUUCUUAUAUUACUAGAGGCGUGGAUAAACGAGUACUUCCCAAUGCUACAUCCUGUUGUUGACCCAGAGUACACGGAAGAGCUUCCACGGGCACGACGUUGGUGUCUGCAUAGCGAGAGUGGCACUAGUGUACAGCAUUACCGGCGCGUGUUGGACAACUUACUUGUAGAUGAGGUGAUAUUUGACCCGUACAAAGACCGCAGGCAAAAUGUCUCUGAGAUUGCUUUCUACACUGGUCCCAUUCGUGCCAUAUCCUAUGUGGAGCCAUACCUCCCCGACAGAGUCUUGAGGCAGUUUGGUCUAUUACAGCGAAUACCCGCAGACCCUAUAGCACCUCAGCGUGCAUCGCGAGGCCAGCACACCUACAACGUUGUUUAUGAAUGGAUUGAAGGUUUUUGGUCUAGCCCUGACUACCACUUGGUUCCUGAGGAUAAGAGAGAGCCUACACCACCUGGGAUUCCUUGGGCGUGUACUGAUGACUACAUUCCGUGGUUGAGGGUGUUCUCGCACCCGAGGGUGGGACGUGAUCUGGCACCUGGUGGAGGGCGUGUUAGGCAGGGUCGUGAGGAGCAGGUUCGGGUUGUGUUGGAUGUGGUACACAGGGCUUUGGGCGAUACCGGACUUGGAGCUGUUGAGUUGCGACAGGUACUGCAGGACGUAGAAGCCAUUUUACAUCCGACAUUUGUUACGUAAAGGAGGCGGGGUGUUAGGGGGCGAGGUUAGA